AUGGAAUCUGAGGAAGGGAUGCAUGAGAAUUUACGGCUUAGUUUAAGGGCUCUACAGGAACAGCAGCACAAGAGGUUACAAAAACAGCUGGAGAAAAAAAGGGAAAAACACAUGAACCUCACAGGAGGUGGGAAUGACCCAAAGGCAACAUUUGGAAUCCAGAAUGAGCUAAACUUGCUUCGAGAGGGUGGGCAGCCAGCCAAGGAUACCUUCAGCCAAAGGUUGCUUGAAGAAGAGAUUGAACAACUCCAUGAACAACUCAGAGAAAUUGUGGAUGAAAAUGGAAGGUUGUAUAAACUGGUGAAGGAAAAGGACUUUGAAAAUAAAGCACCUCAAAAGAAAAUAGAAGAAGACCGAUGGGCUUUCACAGGGACAGCUGGUAUGGCGGGAGAUGUCAUAGCCACCAAGAUCGUGGAGCUGUCUAAGAAGAAUCGCGACCUGACUGCUGAGACAGAGAGCGAAAAGACCAGAGUGAAACAACUGAACAAUCGAGUCCGAGACCUGGAAAGAGAACUACAGACAGCUUUGGCAAAGAUCCAGGCACAAGGAGGCCGAGAGUCAGUGACCAAGCAGUUCAAUCCCAAGACAAUGGAAGGAAUCUUGGCCGAAAAUCCAGAGGUGAAAACUUUGCAAGACAAGCUGGCUUCAGCAAACUUUAAGAUGGUAGAAUAUCGCAACCAGAUCCAGACCAUCAAACAGGAGCUCAAAGUUGCACAAAAGGUUUUAGCAAGUGAAGUUGGGGAGGACAUCAACAUUCAGCAACUGUUAACCUCCCCUGGGACUUGGCGCGGUCGGGCCCAGCAGAUUCUCGUUUUGCAGAGCAAGAUUCGAGAGCUUGAGAAUCAAUUAGGCUCACUCCGGAACCGUUCCAUUAAUAAUGAGGAGGAGAUGCCAAACCACUCAGAAACAAAGAAAUUUUCAGCCCAAGAGAAAAACCUAUUAAAGAUCCGUAUCUUGGAGAAAGAAAAAAAGGAUGCAUUAGAGAGACUCACGACUGAGCGAGAUACUCUCCAAAAAGAUCACGAAGAACUAAAACGAAAAUGUGAUGGCAUAAAAUCCCGGAACAAAGUGUUAUCCAAUGAAAUCAAAACACUUAAGAGCCAAAUGGCGACCCUGCUUGAGAAAGGCAAACAUGAUGAUGAGCUCAUAGAUGCUUUAAUGAGCCAGCUAAAGCAGCUGCAAGACAUCUUAAGUAAACUCAGCCACCAGGAUGAAAGGGCCAAGGAGGCUCAGCAGAACUUGGGCCAACAGAUGACCAUGGAGGCUCAAAAAAACAGUUGUAUCAUAGCCCAGCUCCGGAGGAUGGUGGCUGAACGAGAGGCUAAGGUCCAGGAGCUGGAAGAAGAAAUCAGUCACCUCACUCUUCAGCAUCAUCUUCAGAACAAAGAUCGAAGUGAGGACUCCAACUUAAUGGAUGGCAGUUCACUGUCUUCCAAGUUUAUCGAGGAGCCAAACUUUAACCUACUCAAACCGCCUGCAUCAGCCGGAGAUCACAUUGGGAGGGUCGGAGCUUCUCGAACGGUGAGCAGCCUGGGGCACACUCUGGUGGAAUCUUCAAUCACUCAGCCCUCCCUCCCAAGCCCUAAUGUGUCACCUCGAAGGCCUUCAGAGAUGGACUCUACAGAAUUGAAACGGAGUCAGGCACAGAUAAUGGAGUUCAAGACCCUUUUACAGUCUGCUGAGGUGGAAAGGGACCGGCUCUCAGAGUUUGUUGCUGUCCUGCAGAAAAGGGUUGAUGAAGGGAACAGCAAACUUCUGGAGACCGACAAGAAGCUGCAGGAGGAGCGGCACAGGUGUGUUGUUUUGGAGCAGCAGCUGGAAAAAAACAAAAUGGACACAGGCAAGCCCACUGCUUCCCAGAAGUCAGCAACAAGGACCAAAGGAGGACUGCCUGCUAACAACACAAGACAUAACCUAAAUGUGAGUGAGAGGAGGGACCUGUCCUUGAGUCAGCUCUCAGAAGUGCCGCUGGAGUCCCAGGUGGAAGAGCUGACCACCAGACUUUUGAUCCAGGCUGAGGAGAAUGAAGCCUUGAAAGCCGCUAUGAACAACAUCCUGAAGGUGAAGGAGGAAGACUUCAGGCUAUACCAUGAGACCAUGAGCCAAGUGAAACAGAUCUUCCUCCAGGCCCUGCGGCAACAACAAAUGGAAAAAAACUAAUAGCUGUCCCUGCAGGCAGGUCCCUGGGGAAGAGACUGGGGAGGCAGAGCAGGCCAUAGGAAGGCAGCACCGGGCAGGCAGCCAGGACCGGGCCAGGAUCUUCCUGCCCCAGAAUCCCAGCCUUGGGUUUUGCUUGUCUUAUUUGCAAUCCUUGGAGAAUUGCAAAUGGAGAAGGAACAGGAUCCAGGAUGGGGAUUGGGCUCCGGUCCCCAUCCCCUCUCUGUCUGAUGGUGCCAUUAAAAAAUGAAUCGGUCCAAGGGAAAGUCAUGCAAGGCCUAUUCCCUCCCUCAGGGCGAGACCAUGACAGUGCAAGUGGUUCUGAAAUCGCAUCACAGUGUGGACCAGGCUCUUUGUAAAACUCUAGGAUGUAGAAAAUCCAAGGUCACCCUACCCAAGAAGCUGCAGUAACAACAGCUUGUAGAGGAUGUUGGGAAUCAUGGGAUUUUAAAGUGAAAAGUGACCUUAGAGAUAAUCGAGUCCAAUCUCCUGUGACAAAUGAGCCCCAGAGAGGGAAAGGGACGUGUCCAAAGUCACAGAAGCAGUAAGUGAUGGAGUUAAAAUUUGAACCCGGGUCUCCUGACUCCCAGGUCACCACACUAUGCUGCUCUGUUCAUAAAGUGCCUUUACUUCCAUCAUCUCAUCUCAGGCCCAUUUUAACCCUGGGAGGGAGGAGUGAUCCUCCUUGUCCAAGGACACAUGAUUCAUAAGUGUUAGGAGGUAGAACUAGAAUUAAUUUCAUUUCAAUUAAAUUCAACAAGCAUUCAUUCAGUGCUUACUGUGUACAGGGCCCUAUGCUCAAGACUAAGGAUACAGAGAUGAAAAACAAGUGGCGAAUGCCCUGCACACAAAUAUAGAGAAUGUGAGCUAAGGGGCAGACUCCCUACAGAACACACCAGGAAAAUCCAAGAUGGCAGCCAUAGUUGAACAGCUGAUUGGGGAGAGGGAAGGAGUAGAAGAGAGAGAUUCCAAUAAACAAACAGGAGGAGAGAAUGCAUUCCAGGAAUAGAGACAGUGGAGACAGGAGGAGGCAGGAUGGCACCAGGAAACCACUUAGGAGUCCAGUGGUCCAACCACUUGCCUGGGUGUGUGUGUAGGGCUGUUGUGUAAAGUAAUGCUGGGAAGGUAACUUGGAACCAAAUCAUGAAGACCUUAAAUGCCAGGCAGACGAUAGGCAGACACCAAAAGCUUUUGGACAAGGCAGUGCUAUGGACAGAACAGGAAGACAGUUCUUCCAGCAGAUACAUGAAAGAUGAAUGGGAUGGGACUUCUAACUCGGUUUGCAAUGUUCUUUCCGCUAUCCUAGGGUCCCUCUUGUAGCCAUUUAUCCAUUGUUUUGGCUAAUUCCCAAUAGCCUCAAAGCUUCAAAUGAAAACCCAUGAGGCAAACAUUGAGCCCAAGCUCAUCCUUUCCAAAUAGGAUUCAUUUCUCAGUGCCCAGAGACAAAUCCUUGGCCCAGCAGGUAAGUCCUCUCAGUAAUGACUGUCUCAGGGGCUGGUGUGGGGUAUUUUGUACUUUGUAUGAUUAUCCCCAAACAACCCCUUGGCUGAGGUUAUCUUGCUGGAUGAAUUAAUCUUCCUAAUAGACUGUUCUGACCAUCAUUCUCCUGCUCUAAAGACUUUGGUGGCUCCUAUUGUCUGUCCUUGGGAGCUCUUCCUAACGUGGCUGCCAGCUACCUGUCCAGGCUUAUUUCCUAGUCAUUCCCUUCGCAUACUACAUCCUGCUCAGGCUGGACUACUAGGAUCUCAUCCUGCCCUCUUCUACUUCCGUGUCUUAACCCAGGCUAUUCCCACGCCCCGCCCCUGUUGAAAUCUCUCUCUUCCUUAAGGCACAUCUCAAACGUCAUGUCCACAAGACCUCCCCUGACCUGAUUUGGAUUCCCGCUUCUCUACCCCCAGCAUCCACCAUCACCACCAAAGCUGGGAAUGAUCUCUUCUUCAGGUUCCCCCUUCUCUCCUCCUGCUAUCAUUGCUUUCUAUCCUAUGUUCACGUUUCUGGCCUAUGUGUUGUGUUCUCCCACAUCCUGAGUAAAAUGUAAGCUUCUUGA